AUGUCAAAUCUACUUCCUCUACCUCCUCCGCCGCCAGAAACGCCGCCAUGGGAAACACCGUCUUCUUCUCUAUGGUAUACUCCAAGAACCACCCCAUGGAGAACACCACAGAGCAUCACCCCAUGGAGAACACCACAGAGCACACAAUCCACACCUUUAACAAAACCACCAGCGGCUAAGUUCGACGGUCUUGAUGCAGAGCCGAGGAAAGAUAGAGUGAUUCUCUGGCUGCCACAGAGCAGCAGGACCAAUCCGUUGAUAUGGUGUGUUGCCGGUUUAUGUCUUGUGUUCAGCCUUUCGCUUAUCUUCUUCGGUAUCGCCACUUUGAUCGUGUUUCUUGCGGUUAGACCAAGAACCCCUGUUUUUGACAUCCCAAACGCCAAUCUACACACAGUCUACUUCGACACGCCAGGGUAUUUCAACGGCGAUUUGUCCAUGCUGGUGAAUUUCACAAACCCUAAUAAGAAGUUAGAAGUGAGGUUUGAGCAGCUUAAGAUAGAGCUCUUCUUCUUCAAUAAAUUGAUUGCGGUGCAAGGGGUCCUACCAUUUUCGCAAAGAAAACGUGAAACGAGGUUGGAACCAAUCCGUUUGAUCUCGAGCUUAGUCUACUUGCCUUUAAACUACGCAGAGGAGCUCAGAAAACAGAUGCAAAACAACAAGAUAGACUAUGAGAUUAGAGGUACCUUCAAAGUCAGAGCUCAUUUUAGGAUGAUUCAUUACUCGUAUUGGCUGCACGGGAGGUGUCAACUUCAGAUGACUGGUCCACCAACUGGAAUCCUAAUUUCUCGUAUCUGCACGACAAAGAGAUGA